AUGACAGAUGUGAAGGGAAGUCAGAAGUGUGAGCUGAAUUGCCGUGCAGUAGGCUACCGAUUCUAUGUGAGACAAGCUGAAAAGGUGAUCGAUGGGACACCCUGUGACCAGAAUGGAACUUCAAUCUGUGUGGCAGGGCAGUGCAAGAGCAUUGGCUGUGACGACUAUCUGGGUUCAGACAAGGUGAUUGACAAGUGUGGAAUAUGUGGAGGGGACAACACUGCUUGCAAGGUUGUGUCUGGAGUUUUCAAACACACGCUAACAAAUCUUGGCUACCACAAGAUAGUGGAAAUUCCUGAAGGAGCUACUAAAAUCAACAUCACUGAGAUGUCAAAGAGCAACAACUAUUUGGCACUGCGGAGUCGAUCAGGACGGUCCAUCAUCAAUGGAAACUGGGCAAUCGAUCGACCUGGGAGAUAUGAAGGUGGUGGGACAAUGUUCAUUUAUAAACGCCCAAAUGAAAUCUCCAGCACUGCAGGAGAGUCGUUUUUAGCAGAUGGUCCAACGAAUGAAGUCCUCGAUGUCUAUAUGAUACAUCAGCAGCCUAACCCAGGUAUACACUAUGAGUAUAUCAUUCCAGGAGACAAUGUCAUUAGUCCUCAGUUGCUUGCUCACAGGAGGCCAGGGGAGCCCUUGAAUGGUCAGUUAGGAAUGGCACAAAGCACAAAUCAUGAGGAUGAGGAUUUGCAUAGGGAGACAGACACUCUCACUGGACAGCCAGCUGGAACUUUUCCAGUUAUUCAGCCUGGAAGAUUUCCCUCUCAUCAGCCAGAAAACCAGGUGCCUGCUGUGCAACCACCAAGACAAAACCGAGAACACAACUGGAAACAGGUUGGAAAAACUGAGUGCACAACUACGUGUGGGAAAGGGUCACAGUACCCAGUUUUCCACUGCGUCAACAGAAUCACUCACGAGGAGGUAUCUGACAGUUACUGUGACAGCAGUACCAAACCCAUUCCAGAAGAGGAAGCCUGCAACCUCUUCCCAUGUCCAGCUUUCUGGGAUAUAGGGGAGUGGUCUGAGUGCAGCAAAACAUGUGGCCUUGGUAUGCAGCAUCGACAGAUCUUAUGCCGGCAAAUGUAUGCCAAUCGUACCUUAACAGUUCAGCAGUACCGCUGUCAUCACCUGGAGAAACCAGAGACAACCAGCACUUGCCAGCUGAAGAUUUGCAGUGAAUGGCAGAUUAGGACAGAGUGGACUUCAUGUUCAGUGCCUUGUGGAGUGGGGCAGAGGACCCGAGAUGUGAAAUGUGUCAGCAACCUUGGAGAUGUUGUUGAUGAUGAGGAAUGUAACAUGAAGCUGCGGCCAAAUGAUAUUGAGAACUGUGACAUGGGUCCCUGUGCUAAGAGCUGGUUUCUUACGGAGUGGAGUGACAGG